AUGUAUGAUUAUUUAAUGGAUGAUGUUUAUUGUAAAGGGAGUGAGUCCCACUUGAAUGCAUGUGUUUAUUGGACGGAACAUGAUUGUUUGAAGCGUGAAGAGGCUGGUGUUAUCUGUCUUAACCCUGAACCGAUAAAAUGGCAAUACAAUGUUAGAAAUCCACUAAUUGAAAAGUUAUCACCUACUGAAGUGAAAAGAAUGCGAAAGCAAAUAUUUUGGAGUGAGGUAGAAAAACUGAACACUAAUGGUCUUCAUAAGAUCAAAGUUCGUGUCCCGCAUGGUGGUAAUCGUCAGGUGCUUAUUAGUUCGAUAUGUAUUGAUAAUUUUCGUGGGGCAGAAGCAAAUGUUGCCUGUCGAAGUGCUAAUUAUCCAUUCGCUGCAUCAUUUUCAUCGGUACCAUUGAAAAACUUGAAUUUGACUAAACUUUAUCCACUUGUACGAAUUGGACAUUGUUUUGGAAAUGAGUCAAGGUUAGAAGAUUGUAUCACUUUUACGGAUCCGAAUGGUGUACCAUGUUCAAAUAAAAGUUUAGGAAUUGUGGUCAACUGUACAACAGUCUUAGCUGAUUUAGAACCAGAUGUACAAGCUUUAGAAGCUUCAGCCUACAGUAGUAUGAUUCCAUUAUUUCAAGCACAGUGUGCCUUAGAAGAGAACUGCUUCCCACCGAGUGUAUACAAUUUAAUAAAUAGAAAUCGACAGUUAGCUUUAAUGCAUAUGCGUCGAUUAUUGCGUUUCUCAUCAAUUAUACACAAUGUUGGUACAGAUGUGUUUCGUCCACAUGAACCACCUGAACGUUGGAUAUGGCAUGCAUGUCAUAUGCAUUAUCAUAGUAUGAAAGUAUUUUCCUAUUACAAGGUAAUCAAUGCCAAACAACAACUUAUGGCUGUUGGUCAUAAAGCCAGUUUUUGCCUAGAAGAUAAUGCCUGUAAAACAGGCUAUAAAAAGCACUUUGUUUGUUCAACAACAGUGAUGACACGUGGUGAUCAAGGUAUCAGUCCUGGCUGUCAAGAUAAUUACUUUCAUGAUUAUGAUUGCCAGUGGUUAGAUAUUACAGAUUUAAUUCCUGGUGAAUACACAUUUCAAUUGAUUUUAAAUCCAGACUUUUUAGUACCUGAAAUUAGUUAUGCUAAUAAUGCUAUUGAAUGUCGUCUAUCUGUAGGCCAUUCACAUCAUCAUUAUGCUGUAUUAUCUAAAUGUCAUUUACUGCAUCCAUAUGACUUAUAGAGACAUUAACACCCCACACACACUCACAAACACAAGUACAACUUUAUACAGACGGACAAAUGAACAUGUUAAUUGUGCAUACUACUUAUUUUAUCAUUUCAAAAGAACAAAAAAAAAGUAUGUUGAAUUAUGACGCACA